ACACACGCGCAUACAGAAACACACACACGCGCAUACAGAAACACACGCACACAUACACACGGCUAAAGAUGUGAAGAUGGCGGAGCUACAGAUGCUUCUGGAAGAGGAGAUCCCGGCCGGCCGGAGCGCCUUACUGGACAGCUUCACCAACCUGGAGAGGGUUGCGGAGUACUGCGAGAGCAACUAUGUCCAGUCCCCAGAUAAGCACAGGGCGCUGGAGGAGACUAAGAACUACGCUACCCAAAGCCUGGCCUCCGUGGCCUACCUGAUCAACACGCUGGCCAACAACGUGCUGCAGAUGUUGGACAUCCAGGCCUCCCAACUCCGCCGCAUGGAGAGCUCAAUCAACCACAUCUCCCAGACGGUGGACAUCCACAAGGAGAAGGUCGCCCGGCGGGAGAUCGGCAUCCUGACGACCAAUAAGAACACGGCGCGGACGCACAAGAUCAUCGCCCCCGCCAACCCGGAGAGGCCGGUGCGCUACAUCCGCAAGCCCAUCGACUACAACACCCUGGACGACAUGGGUCACGGCGUCAAGGCCAGCGCCCAGAGCGUGAAGGCGGGGGGCCCGCUGCCCCGCACCAACCCCCCCACACAGAAGCCCCCCAGCCCCCCCACCGCCCGCAAGGGCACCCUGGGGCGCCAAUCCCCCUACCGGACCCUCGAGCCGGUCCGCCCCCCCGUUGUCCCUAACGACUACGUCUCGAGUCCGACCCGCACCGGGCCGCCCCCCCUGCAGAGCCCCGCCCGAUCCGUUUCUCAAAGGACCCGCACCUACAGUAGUGGCAGCAGUGGGGGCAGUCACCCCAGCAGCAGCCGCAGCAGCAGCAGAGAGAACAGUGGGAGUGGCAGCGUGGGACUGCCCAUCGCCGUGCCGACGCCGGCCCCACCCACCGCCUUCCCAGGUGCGCCUCAGUUCUACUCGAUGAACCGGCCGCUGCAGACGGUGCAGAGCCCCCCGGUGGGGGGGUCCUUGCCCUACCGCCGGCCCUCCUCUGUCACCGGGCAGCCCGCCCACCACCAGCUCAACGGGGGCCCGCACUACACCCAGGGCCAAGGCCCGCCCCCCCCCCCAGCCAUGCAGAUCACCCCCCAGCUCCCUCUGGUGGGCUUCGUGGCCCGAGUGCAGGAGACCAUCUCGGACGUGCCCCCGCCCCCUCCGCCCGCCGAGGAGCCGGUGUUUGAGGAGCUGGCCCCGCCCCCCCCCCUGCAGGAGGAGUACGAGGAGGAGGAGCUGGACGGGGAGGAGGAGGAGGAAGAGGAGGAGUCGGCCGUGGUGGAGUACAGCGACCCCUACGCCGAGGAAGACCCCCCGUGGGCCCCCCGCACCUACCUGGAGAAAGUGGUGGCCAUCUACGACUAUGCGAGGGACAAGGAGGACGAGUUGUCCUUCAUGGAGGGGGCCAUCAUCUACGUGAUCAAGAAGAACGACGACGGCUGGUACGAGGGCACCAUGGGGGGCACCACCGGCCUGUUCCCCGGGAACUACGUGGAGAGCAUCAUGCACUACGCCGACUAGAGGCCCCGCCCCCACAGGGGGGGAGAGGGGGGGGAGCCCACCAGAGCCCCGCCCCCCCUUCCCGCGCCAGGGGAACAAGUCAGGGACUUUGGUCAGACAGAGCAUGAUCACUCUACUGGGAGGACUGGGAGGAUCUACCCGACUGGGAGCUGGAUUGGGAGCCUGACUGGGGGGGAACUGGACUGGGAGAACUGGGAAGAAAUACCUGACUGGGAGGAAGAAUUUUCCAUUUUUCUUUUUUUGAAGGAGUUCUAAACGACAAACUGACGUUGGCCCGUCGCCAUUUUGUUUCUCCGCUCCUCUCCAUAUAUACUCUAACCUGUAAUACAAUAUUCUUUACUCAUUAUUCAGCAUUUGGGAGAUUUAGUUUUACGCGGUUGCGACUUCUCAUUCCGACCUUUGUUCCGAUCUUUCUAAGCAGUAUUUAUUUGGCCUCAGUAGUUGGACGGGGUUGUGGGUUUGAAACCGGGGUUUGUUGUUUUGUCGUUGAUGUUUUUAAUCGUGUUCUCCACGCAGCCAGCCCUGGAAGGGGCGGGUCUUGCGUUUGACGUCGCCGACCGACCAAGAAGAAAUCCUGAACUUUCUAGAAUUCUGAAUCUGAGAGUUCCGGAACGUGGAACCAAAGGUUCCAAUGUGCCAAAGCCCUCGAAGCUACAGAGUAUAAGCACAGACAAAGUCCUACACUAGACUAAAGUAGACACAUGAAUCUAUAUAUAUGAAAGAUAUAUAAAUGUAUACGAUAUCAAAGUCCCGCUUAGUUAGAAAAACAGAAGUAUUUUUUUACAGGUUGAUUUGGAACGGGUUAUCGUAACUUACUAGUAACCUUUUGACUGACAGGGGGGCGUGACACCACUAGGCUCCGCCCCCUGCUGUUUUUAGGGCGGGACCACCCUCCCCCACACAGGGAGCCAUCCCAUAAUUCAGCCCGACAGCCACAAAGUCGCUUCCCCCUUCGUGCAAAACAAUAAUAGACGCUUCCGACUUUCGUAGCUCGUAAACGUAAAGUUUGUUGGGAGUUCUCAACAAAAAGGCGAUAAACGAGGCCUCGUUUCCAUGGUGAUAUUAAUUGUGUAAACUGAGAUGUAUUUUUGAAGGGCUUUAACAACUAUUACGGGCCUGGUUUGUAUUUGACUUCUUUUAGUGGGUUUCCAUUCCGUUGCCGGGUGACAGACGCAUGUUUCGAUAUGAAAAAAGCCGAUGUUUCUUUUGUCCCCCGGCCGGCGGUCUUAAAGUCUUAAUAUUUCCGAUGAGUGGUUGUUUUUAUUUUCGGUUCUCGGGACCCGUGCCAUAACCAAGUGCUUGUUCUGUCUGACGCUUGUCUCUUCAUCGCAAUAAAUAUCAGCCCCGUCACGGGAACCGUUUGCAUCGGAAAACAAACUCAGCGUUAUUUGUUCUCUUAUGUUUCUUUCCUUUUAGGGGCGGGGCUUAAAGCACACAUUCAUGUAGUAUUAAAGAUGUCAAAGUAUGUUGAGAGGAAGUGAUGAUAAAUGUUGAUGUAUUAAGUCCUAACCAACGGAGACUCCAUAUGAACUUAAGCCAGCAAGCUAGCUAACCGCUAUGUUAGCUAACUUCUGCGUUAGCUAACUUAUUAGCUAGCCGCGGGUAACACCACGGCUAGCUAAUGUAGCGGUUAGCUAACGAAUUCUCUAACGACAUUCUCUCCAGCUUUUCGGUUCUGACUGGGACAGGAUGGGGAUGUUGUCUUAAAGUGUUUAUGAUUAGAAACAGAGAAGACAGACGUCCUCAGCUUUUGUUUAUGAAGGAUCUCAUGUUUUAUCUUUAACCUCACUUUAGCUUUCAUUGUUGAGACAAAGCGGGUAAAAAACACCUGGAACAGGUGAAGAUCACGGGUGAGGAUCGCGGAUGAACAUCUGGGACAGGAGAUCACAGGUGAAGAUCACAGGUAAGGAUCAAAGGUGAAGAUCCCAGGUAAGGAUCAAAGGUGAAGAUCCCAGGUGAUCAGAAGUGAACAUCACAGGUGAACAUCUGGGACAGGUGAUCACAGGUGAAGAUCACAGGUAAGGAUCAAAGGUGAAGAUCCCAGGGGCCUCAUGUACUAAGGUUGCGUACGCACAAAAACGUGGCGUACGUCCUUUUCCACGCUCACGUUCAGAUGUACAAAACGUGAAAUGACCGUAAAAAUGUGCGGUCCCCACGCCAGCUCCAGAGCUGUCGUACGCACGUUUCUACAGCUAUUGUUCCUUUGGCGACACUUAGAGGUGACGCUGGGAAACUGGGAAAAAAGGUGAAAACCAUGACUCAGAGUGAUUUGCACAUCAGAGACACACUAAUGAACGAUUAACACACCUUGCAAUUAUAUGGGUGGCUAUAAAAGCAUGCGCAAUGGAUGAAGAAAAUUGUUUUAAAAAUGGCUGCGUUAGCGUUGUUAGAGGACAUCGCAAAUGGUCAAAUCCGAAGGGAACGUAUAUUUAGGGAACGCGAGGACUUACUCUCAAAUGAUGAUGAUUGGCUCUUGAGCCGAUUUCGUUUCCCCAGGCCAAUAUUACUGGAGCUGUGCGCAGAGCUGCGGCCGGCCCUAGAGCGCCACACAGCCAGGAGCCAGGGGUUGUCCGUGCCCACACAGGUGCUGACCACGCUGGGGUUCCUGGCAACAGGGGCCUUCCAGCGGGAUCGGUCAGGAGUGUGCCAGUCCACCCUGAGCCGAGCCAUGCCAGCUGUGUGGGACGGAAUCAUCAUAUGAGAUUAAUAUGAGUCCAGACCGGCCUCAUAUGCAUUAAUGCAUUAAUAUGAGAUAAUUAAUGCAUUCAAAGCCGAACUACGCCGCCUUGCCCUGUGAAUUCAGUUGCAGCGCAAAUAUAGCAGCAAGUACGUUACAUUCUUAACCCAGCAGCGGUGUUGUUCAGAUACUGAUUAAAUGGGUUUGUUAACCAUGCGUAAUAGUAUGGCUCCAUGAGUAUGCGCACACGUUCUAUGUGUUCUUCAUCUCUGGGCACUGCGUCCCUUUAUGUUUUGCAGCGGUUGCAUUUGUUCUCUGUUAAAAU